GUCGAGGGUUUGGGGGCGGUCGUCAUGUGGUUCGUAACAUACGAAGGGGCAAAAAUGAGUCGAACGACCGAGUUGUUGGCAGCGGGGGGGGGUAGAUUGGCACCCGUGUUUGGAUGUCGUUAUGGGUAACCGCCUGGAUAACCCCGACUCGAUCCCUAGGACGAUCAUUUUGUGCGAGUUGACGUUCGAGCUCUUGCACUACUUGCUACUUGACCCCCAUCGGGACUCAUCCUUUCGGCGACGAUCGGCCACUGCCCGCCGCGGGACCCCUAAGUCUUGCCGUUCGAAGGCGACUGGCUCAGCCCGCUAGGAUGCAGCGUUGGAGCCAAGGACAGGGCGAAUCACCGCCUUAGUGCAGGGACAUGUCGCAUUUCAUUUAUGUCGUUGUGAUGAAACCGAGUAAUGAAACUGACUCUCGACGAUGAACUGCAGCAGCACCAGCAUGGACAUGUUCAUGGAUGCUUCGCGUUCCUCCAACUUACAAGACAUCGACCAACUCUAUCAACUAUUUGGCAAGUUGUUCAUGACAGCUCGAGACCCUGUGACGCUCGACACGCACGGCCAUAUCGUGGCCAAACUGGGGCUCACGAAACUGUUGGCAUGGCUCGUUGAGAGGGGACUGGAUUUGGAUGCGACCAAUCACGUCGGCAAUACGUGUGUGCACGUGGCAGCCGCGCAUGGUUGCAUGGAGACUGUAUUGUGGCUCAUAGAACACGGGUGUAACGCCCUUGCUACCAACUACAACGGGCUAUCGGCGUUUGAUUUGGCGAGCCAAUACAGCUUUGAGCACGCCGCAACGUUGCGAAACUUCUUGAGGAAUAACCAAGACUCGAAUCAAUUGUGGGACCAAGAUGACGACUAUGGCGACGAUGAGCAGCAGCAGCUCGAAUCAUCCCACAAUUCAACGAAACAACAACAACAGCUCUUGGUGCAAACUCUCGUACGUCGGAACGUGACAGAGCCCACACUUGGGCUCGAAAUCUUGGAGUUGCACUGCCCUGAAACGCUAGAGUCGGUGCAACGCGCGCUAGAUUUGUCCCCCACGGACGUGGCAACUGCAAUAUCGUCGAACGCCAAGUUGAUGUUGACGUACAACCACGCGUUCCAAGGCAACAACAUCGACAAUCAAUUGGAUAAUCUUUGAAUGUGUUGCGUAGCCACGCCUGUUUCCAGCGAAAAUGUACCGAAUACUACUAUUAAUACAUAAAGUCACGACUUGGUUUCGUAUGCCA